GAAGUUUCCUGUUAAGCACGGGCGAAGCUUUGCAAAGCGGUUGCGGAGCCGCCCGCUCGCUCCUUGGGAUUACCGUCGGGAGAGACUCCGCUCGGCUCGGGAAGGGCCCCCGCCCCCGCCGCCACCUCUCCUCCUCCUCCUCCCCAGCCUUCCUCCAUCCCUGAGGGCGGACGCUGCACGCCGAGCCCCGGCCCCCCCUCCCCCGCUGGAUUUACGUUGUCGUUGGGGAGCUGUGUAUGGAGGGGGGGGGUCGUCCGCCUCCCUUUGCCCCGAUUGCAGCCUGGUCCCAUGUGAACCGCACGGCACGGCUAUGCUCCUGGGGACACCGAGCUCCGCCGAACUAAGGUCCUGGCUGCUACCAUGAGUGAUGGCGAGAGCCGAGAGCCGCGCCCGGCCGGCGGCGAGGUGCGGGUGCCCAUCACCGUGCCGCCCCGCCGCGCCGCCGAGCAGCCCCUGGACGAUGCCGGCUCCGCUCCCAGCGGUUCUCCCAGCCGCGACCCGCCGCCCGACCUGGCCUCCGAGGAGGAGGAGCAGGUGCCUUACCCGGCGCUGGCACCCACCGCUUUCUUCUGCCUCAAGCAAACCACCCGCCCGCGCAGCUGGUGCCUCAGGCUGGUCUGUAACCCCUGGUUCGAGCAUGUCAGCAUGCUGGUCAUCCUCCUGAACUGUGUCACCCUGGGCAUGUUCCAGCCCUGCGAGGACGUGGAGUGCCAGUCGGAGCGCUGCACCAUCCUGGAGGCAUUUGACGACUUCAUUUUCGCUUUCUUUGCGGUGGAGAUGGUCAUCAAGAUGGUGGCUCUGGGGAUCUUCGGGCAGAAGUGUUACCUUGGAGACACGUGGAAUCGCCUGGACUUCUUCAUCGUGAUGGCAGGCAUGAUGGAGUACUCCCUGGAUGGACACAACGUCAGUCUGUCUGCCAUCCGCACCGUGCGCGUGCUGCGGCCGCUGCGAGCCAUUAACAGGGUGCCAAGUAUGCGAAUACUCGUCACCCUGCUGUUAGAUACUCUGCCUAUGUUAGGCAACGUCCUCCUCUUGUGCUUCUUUGUUUUCUUCAUCUUUGGGAUCGUCGGUGUGCAGCUCUGGGCAGGGCUGCUGAGAAACAGGUGUUUCCUGGACAGGAAUUUGGCAACGACGUAUAACCUUACCUUCCUGCAUCCGUACUACCGCACAGACGAAGCAGAGGAGAAUCCAUUUAUCUGCUCAUCCCAUCGUGAGAACGGCAUGCAGAAAUGCUCCAACAUCCCAACCAGGAAGGAGUACAAGGUGGAGUGCACCUUGAGCAUGGACUCCUACACCCCAAGUUUAUACAACCCUGACUUCAGCAGCAAGAAUGCCUGCAUAAACUGGAACCAGUAUUACAACGUAUGCAUGGCAGGGGAUGUAAACCCACACAAUGGAGCUAUUAAUUUUGAUAAUAUUGGCUAUGCCUGGAUAGCUAUAUUUCAGGUUAUAACCCUGGAAGGAUGGGUUGACAUCAUGUAUUAUGUGAUGGAUGCACAUUCUUUUUACAAUUUUAUAUAUUUUAUAUUGCUUAUAAUAGUUGGUUCCUUCUUCAUGAUUAACUUGUGCCUGGUUGUGAUAGCAACACAGUUUUCUGAAACAAAGCAGCGGGAGAACCAGCUGAUGCAGGAGCAGCGGGCCCGUUAUCUCUCCAAUGACAGCACAAUUGCCAGCUUCUCCGAGCCAGGUAGCUGCUACGAGGAGCUGCUGAAGUACAUCUGCCACAUCUUCAGGAAGGUGAAGCGGCGGACAAUACGGCUGUACAAUAACUGGCAGAGCAAGCGCAGGAAAAAAGUUAACCCGAACAACACCACAAACGGGCAGAGCCGCCGAGGCAAAAAGCGCAUCACCUCCAUUCACCACCUCAUCCACCACCACCACCACCACCAUCACCACCACUACCACAUCAGCAAUGGGAGCCCGCGGGGGCCGCGCUCCAACCCAGAGAUCUGUGACCUGGAGCUCAAGGUGAUGAAGCCUGGCGGCCAGCUGAUGCUCCCUUCUCCAUCACCCAACUUGCAGAGCCCCGUCCCUCCUCCAGAUUCGGAGUCUGUGCAUAGCAUUUACCAUGCGGACUGUCACGUUGAAGGACCACAAGUGAACUGUAAGUCUUCCAAUGCCCCUGCAAGCAUUAAACUCACUACUGGGCUCUCCAACCAUGGCAACAUGAAUUAUCCUACCAUCCUGCCUUCACCAACUAGCAAAGCCAGUUCUGUCCCAGUUCCCAAAGGAAAGAAGAAUGGCAGUUCACCUGUGGCUGUAGUUAACAGCCCUGUAACUUUGGGCACGGAUUCUUAUGGGAAGCUGCAGCAACUGGUAGGAGAGCAUGGUCUGCGGAGGACACCCAGCCGGCUGUCGGGGCUGAGCGUGGCCUGCCCACUGCCCAGCCCGCCGGGCGGCACGCUGAGCUGCGAGCUGCAGGACUGCCCCUUCUGCGCCAGCCUCCUGGAGGACCCCGAGUUCGCCUUCAGUGAGUCUGACAGCUGCGACUCCGACAGCAACGGCAUCUACGAGUUCACCCAGGACCUGAGGCACGGCGACCACAGGGACCAGCUGCAGCAGCAGCGGGGCAGGAGGAAGAGGAAGAAGAAGAAACCCAAGGAGAGGAACAAGGUCACCCGCCUGUGGAAGGCGUUCGGCAGCAAGCUGAAGAGGAUCGUGGAGAGCAAGUACUUCAACCGAGGGAUCAUGAUCGCCAUCCUCAUCAACACGCUGAGCAUGGGCAUCGAGUACCACGAACAGCCAGACGAGCUGACCAACGCCUUGGAGAUCAGUAACAUCGUCUUCACAAGCAUGUUCGCCCUGGAGAUGCUCCUGAAACUCCUUGCCUUUGGCCUCUUCGGCUACAUCAAGAACCCAUACAACAUCUUUGACGGGAUCAUAGUUGUCAUCAGUGUCUGGGAGAUCAUUGGGCAGUCGGACGGUGGGCUUUCCGUGCUCCGAACUUUCCGGCUGCUCCGGGUGCUGAAGUUGGUGCGCUUCAUGCCCGCCCUCCGUCGCCAGCUGGUGGUCCUGAUGAAGACAAUGGACAACGUUGCCACCUUCUGCAUGUUGCUCAUGCUCUUCAUCUUUAUCUUCAGCAUUCUCGGCAUGCAUCUUUUUGGAUGCAAGUUCAGUCUGAAGACUGAUACAGGAGACACAGUUCCAGAUAGGAAGAAUUUUGAUUCCUUACUCUGGGCCAUUGUGACAGUAUUUCAGAUCCUCACUCAAGAGGACUGGAAUGUGGUCCUGUACAACGGGAUGGCAUCAACAUCUUCAUGGGCAGCACUCUACUUUGUGGCCCUGAUGACCUUCGGCAAUUAUGUGCUCUUCAACCUUCUGGUUGCCAUUCUGGUGGAAGGCUUCCAGGCAGAGGGGGAUGCCAAUAGGUCAGACACAGACGAGGACAAGACAUCCGCCAACUUUGAUGAUGAUUUUGAGAAGCUGAAAGACCUCCGUGCAACGGAGAUGAAGAUGUACUCACUUGCUGUCACCCCGAAUGGGCACCUGGAGGGCAGGGGCAGCAUGCCACCCCCUAUAAUCAUGCGCACCGCUGCCACUCCGAUGCCCACACCGAAGUGUUCCCCGCACAUGGAUUCAGUGCACACCUUUGUGGACUCGAGGAGAGGGAGUAAUGCUUCUCUAGAUCCCCUGACCUACGAUCAGAAGUCCUCGUCUAGCCUCCGCAGUUCCCCUUGUGCCAACUGGGGUACCAACAGCAACUGGGGAAGCCGCCGCUCAAGCUGGAACAGCCUGGGCAGAGCCCCGAGCCUCAAGAAGAAGAACCAAUCUGGUGAAAGAGAGUCUUUGCUCUCCGGGGAGGGGAAAGGCAGCACAGACGAUGACUCCGAUGACGCCAAGUCCAGCACGGUCAGCAGGCCCUCACUGCACCGCCGGGCAGAGUCCUUGGAUUACCGCAGCUCCCUAGACCUGCCCGAGCUGCUGCAGCUGCCCCCCAUGCGCCAUUCGCUCAGUAUCAGCCCCAUGGCUGUUCUGCCUGCUGAGUACCAAGACUGCAACGGCAAGAUGGUGCACGUCCCCAGCGAGUUCUUCCUGCACAUCGAUGGCCACAAGGAAGAGGCCGUGGACUAUGAGGAUGACAUGGAGGAUAGUUACUGCUACCGGAUUCGUAAAGUCCUGGAGCCCUACAAACCAGAGUGGUGCAAGAGUCACGAGGAUUGGUCCCUCUACUUGUUUUCCCCACAGAAUCGGUUCAGAGUGAUGUGCCAGAAGGUCAUUGCCCACAAAAUGUUUGAUCAUGUGGUACUGGUCUUCAUAUUUCUCAACUGCAUUACAAUAGCACUGGAGCGACCAGACAUAGAUCCGCACAGCACCGAGAGGAUAUUCCUGAGUGUUUCUAAUUACAUCUUCACUGCAAUCUUUGUGGCUGAGAUGAUGGUUAAGGUAGUGGCUCUUGGCUUUUUCUCUGGGGAGAACACCUAUCUACAGAGCAGCUGGAACGUCCUGGAUGGAGUCCUGGUCUUCGUAUCUAUCAUAGACAUUAUUGUCUCCAUGGCAUCAGCAGGAGGAGCAAAGAUCCUGGGUGUCCUUCGCGUUUUGAGACUGCUGCGGACCUUGAGACCUCUCCGAGUCAUCAGCAGAGCCCCAGGUCUGAAGCUGGUGGUGGAAACCUUGAUCUCCUCCUUGAGGCCUAUUGGGAAUAUUGUUCUCAUCUGCUGUGCUUUCUUCAUUAUCUUUGGGAUUUUAGGGGUGCAGCUUUUUAAAGGCAAAUUCUACUACUGUGACGGUCCCGAUGUGAAAAACAUCACAACGAAGACUGACUGCACCAAUGCACACUACAGAUGGGUUCGGCGGAAGUACAAUUUUGACAAUUUGGGACAGGCCCUCAUGUCCUUGUUUGUCCUUUCCUCCAAAGAUGGCUGGGUGAACAUCAUGUACGAUGGUCUGGAUGCUGUGGGUAUUGACCAACAGCCCAUCCAGAACCAUAACCCUUGGAUGCUUCUCUACUUCAUCUCCUUCCUGCUCAUCGUCAGCUUCUUCGUGCUCAACAUGUUCGUGGGGGUGGUGGUGGAGAACUUUCACAAGUGCCGGCAGCACCAGGAGGCAGAGGAGGCCCGGCGUCGGGAGGAGAAGCGUCUGAGACGCCUGGAGAAAAAGCGCAGGAGUAAGGAGAUGUACCUGUCUGAAGCCCAGCGCAGGCCUUACUAUGCUGACUAUUCUCCAGCACGGAAAUACAUUCACACCCUCUGCACCAGCCACUAUCUCGACCUCUUCAUCACCUUCAUCAUUGGAGUCAACGUCAUCACUAUGUCGAUGGAGCACUACAACCAGCCAAAGUCCCUGGAUGAAGCCCUGAAGUACUGUAACUACGUGUUCACCAUAGUUUUUGUGUUCGAGGCAGUCCUGAAGUUGGUGGCAUUUGGUUUUCGAAGGUUCUUUAAGGACAGGUGGAAUCAGCUGGAUUUGGCCAUCGUUCUCUUAUCCAUUGUGGGAAUCACGCUGGAGGAAAUUGAGAUGAACGCUGCACUGCCCAUCAAUCCCACAAUAAUACGCAUCAUGCGGGUGCUGAGAAUAGCAAGAGUGCUGAAACUGCUUAAAAUGGCCACCGGAAUGCGAGCCCUCCUGGACACAGUGGUACAAGCGCUUCCCCAGGUAGGGAACCUUGGCCUACUUUUUAUGCUCCUGUUUUUUAUCUAUGCUGCCCUGGGAGUGGAAUUGUUUGGCAAGCUAGACUGCAGCGAAGAGAAUCCUUGCGAAGGGCUGAGCCGGCACGCCACGUUCACCAACUUUGGGAUGGCCUUCCUCACCCUCUUCAGGGUGUCCACGGGGGACAACUGGAACGGUAUCAUGAAGGACACUCUCCGGGAAUGCACGCGGGAAGACAAGCACUGCCUCAGCUACCUGCCUGUUAUCUCUCCUGUCUACUUCGUCACCUUCGUCCUCAUCGCACAGUUCGUCCUGGUCAACGUGGUGGUGGCCGUGCUGAUGAAGCACUUGGAGGAGAGCAACAAGGAGGCCAAGGAGGACGCUGAGAUGGACGCUGAGAUCGAGCUGGAGAUGUCCCGAGGAGCGAGCACCACCAGUGGCAGCAGGGGAGGUGCGGUGGCCCUGGAGAGCAGAGCAUCCUGCAGAAGCCAGGAGGCCAUGAAGUCAGAGCCAGCAGCGCAGGCGAAGCACCAAGCCCUGGGAGGCACGGCCAUCCCGCAGCCUCAGGACUCCCAGAACAUGCUGACGGUCCGCAAGAUCUCCGUUUCACGCAUGCACUCCUUGCCCAACGACAGCUACAUGUUCCGGCCCGUGAUGCCAGCCAAAGCUCCCUUUCCCCUCCACGAGGUGGAGAUGGAGGCAUAUCCCUGCAAGUCACAGCGAGGGUCCAUCACCUCCAUCCGCUCGCAGCCCGUGGGGACGUGCUCCUCCUUGAGGGUCCCCCCCGAGUCCCUCCACGUGGCCGUGCGCUCCCCCGGCCGAGAGGGCUGGCACCGCUGGAAGGUCCUUCCCCCGCACGUCGUCCCUCGGUCUCCUACUCUCAGCAAGCUGCUGUGCCGGCAGGAGGCCGUUCGGACAGACUCGGUGGACGGACACCCUCCAGACCCCAAGGACAACCUGCAAGCAGAGCGUGGAGAGAUGCCACCAUCACCAAAGCACCCUCAGCGCACCCUCACUCCCAGCCCUCUCCACCCUGCAGCCUCCUCCCUGCCGGGCUCCCCUCCGCGCUCCCCACCAACCUCCCCACACCGGCACCCUUCGCUGACUCGGAAACACCCCCGCAGCCAGCGCGGGGUCCCCAGUCCCACCGAGAGCCCCCCAAGCCCCCAGGGCUGCCUCCUGGAGCCCUCUGACCUGGCUGACGAGGAGGUUCGCCACAUCAACAGCUCAGCCAAAGACUGGGGGGAGCACUCGGAGGCCGGGAGCUGCUCCACGUCGCCGUUCGUCUCGCCGGCCGCGUCGCCGGUGCCCCUGAAGAAUUGCAGCACAAGCAGCCUGACGGCAGGCAGCGGCAAGGAGAGGGACUUGAAGAAGUUUUACAGCAUCGAUACAAAGGGCUUCCUCACCAAGCCCAGCUGGGCGGAUGACCAAAGGCGGCACUCCAUCGAGAUCUGCCCCUCCGUCCGCGAUGGGGACUGCGGCUUCGAGGAGCGCGCCGAGGAAAAGCCGCGCUCCCCCGCCCACGUCCAGCCAGAGUCCGAGUACAUCCACGGAGCCCGGAGGAAGAAGAAGAUGAGCCCGCCCUGCAUUUCUAUAGAUCCUCCCAUGGAGGACGACAGCGGGGCGGCCUCGCGCACCAAACCCUCCGAGAACAGCAUGCUGCGCCGCAGGACCCCGUCCUGCGAGUUCCCGGCGUACCGAGAGCCCCUGGAGCCGGCGGAGGCGCAGCCGGGGGAGCCGGGCUGCAAAGCAGAGCGCCGUGCCCAGCACCUCGCCAUCCCCGGCUUCUCCUUCGAGCAGUCGGAUGGCGGCGGCUCCCUGAGCAGCCUCUCAGACCUGCUGGACAGUGGGCGAUCCACACCGGACUGCGAACUGAGAAAGCCGGAGCCCUUAAAAACUCAACGGAGCAACGCCGAGAAAAGCAAAGAGCUGCUCAGCGUGGCCAAGAGCCCCGUCCGGAUGCAGGACUUGGUGACUGUUGCAACAGAAGAAGACAUCGACGAGCCCGUAUAGCUGUCUGGGAGGGGGGUGCGGGGGGUCUCAAGGGCUUGACACCGACAUGGGGUUGGACACCGAAGGGACUGCGCGGCCGCGUGGCCACGCUCUGGUUUUUCCCUUUCUCGCAGUCCCUUCUUCUUAAGCGCUGUGGAGGUUUGCAAAAAAAAAAGAAAAAAAGAAAAAAGAAAACAUUAAAAAAAAAAAAAAAGAUAUUAUUAUUAUUAUUAUUAUUAUUAUUAUUUAAGAAGAAACCAAACAAAAGGAUGAGACGGUGCCGGGUUUCAGGGCGGGGGUUCAGAGGGGGCUUUUCUAAAGGGCAAAGUGGAGGCGGUGGGGGCGGCUGUCGGUCCUCUGCGCCCACGGUCACAUUGAUCCGGGUGGUGGCGGAGGGGGGCUGAGGGUCCUCCUCGUCGUUUCGUUGUGGGGUUUUUUUUUUUCGUUGUUUUGGGGUUGGUUUUUUUUUGUUGUUGUUGUUGUUCUGUUUUUAAAAAGAUGCUCAACUUUUUAAAAGGCACUUUUAGAGACGUCACACGCCGUGGGAGCGCCCCGGGGAUGGGAGCUGUACGUUGUCUGUAUAUCAGCAGUUAUAUAAAUAGAAAUCAUGUAUUUGUGAGAUACAAAACAAGGCAAAAAAAAAAAAAAAAAAAGACAAAAAAAAAAAAAAAGUACCCACAAAAACUCUUCUUCUCCUUCAUAAUGCACAUAUUUUUAUAGGGAAACGAUGCUGUUUUUUGCAUUACGUGUGACUCCGCGACCGGGUUGUGUUUCCUUGGGUUUUAUGUGGAACUGAUUAUUACAGCCGGUCAUUUUCCAACUGUUUCUGCUCUUCCUUUGCUCUCCUCCCCCCUCAUCAUCCCCACCAUCAGCCCACAGCUCCUCCUUUCGCCGCCCCUCUCAUUUUUCUCUUGUACUUUAGAGGUUGUGUCCUAACAACGGGAAGGAACCAAAUCACUACUGAAUUGUAGCCAGUGCAAUAAUAAGUUAUUCAUUCUUCUCGUCUG